GCCGAGGCACCUCCAGCUCCAGCUGCCAUUGAUGCGUUCGCUGCAGACUCGACUAUCACUCUCCCUUUUUCUGGUAGUUUUGGGUUGAGCAGAGCGGCGACAUCACCAGCCUUACUCUCGUUUUGCUUUUGUCAGAGCAUCACACAAACCGCAGCCACGAUGACGGAGGCGGAGGCGUUGGAGAAGAAGCAGCACAAGCCCAGCAACGGAAAUGUUCUUCCAGAGGCCACCAGGGAAGAUGCGUUUGAUCACACAUACAAAGAGAAAGAAGGCCCAAAACCUCCCACGAUCAUCGUAUGGAAAAAUGUCAUAUUGAUGACUCUAUUGCAUAUAGGUGCCCUGUACGGCGUAUUGCUCAUCCCUUCAGCAGCUCCGUUGACCUUGCUUUGGUCCGUACUUUGUUUUUUGGUAAGUGCUUUAGGAGUUACUGCAGGAGCUCACCGCCUGUGGAGUCACAGAUCCUACAAGGCCACAUUACCUCUAAGGAUCUUUCUUGGUGUUGCUAACUCCAUGGCAUUUCAGAAUGAUAUCUUUGAAUGGGCUCGAGACCACAGGGUUCAUCACAAAUACUCAGAGACAGAUGCUGACCCUCACAACGCCGUCCGGGGCUUCUUCUUUGCUCACAUUGGCUGGCUCUUGGUGCGCAAACACCCUGAUGUCAUUGAGAAAGGACGCAAGCUGGAGCUCAAAGAUCUGAUGGCUGACAAAGUUGUAAUGUUUCAAAGAACGUAUUACAAGCCGUCUGUGCUGCUCAUGUGUUUCUUCGUCCCCAUGUUCGUGCCUUGGUACUUUUGGGGGGAGUCUCUGUGGGUGGCGUACUUCAUCCCGGCUCUGUUGAGGUACACUUUGGUGCUGAAUGCCACCUGGCUGGUCAACAGUGCGGCUCACAUGUGGGGUAACAGGCCCUAUGACCACAACAUCAACCCCAGGGAGAACAAGUUUGUCACGUUCAGCGCCAUAGGUGAAGGAUUUCACAAUUACCACCACACAUUCCCCUAUGAUUAUGCAACCAGUGAGUUUGGCUGCAAGUUGAACCUUACCACUUGUUUCAUCGACUUCAUGUGCUUCUUGGGCCUGGCCAAGGACUGCAAGAGAGUGUCCCACGAGAUGGUCGUGGCCCGAAUACAACGCACUGGUGACGGCAGCCACCGGAGUGGCUAAGAUUGUUAAAUCGCAAUCAGCUUCAAGGCAAAACGAGUUGAAAAGAAGACGCCUCACAGUCCUUUGACAGCUAUACAUUUCUCAUCCUCUGAGGAUAACAGUCCGCUUCAUGAGGGCCUUGACCACAUUUUGCUUGUUUUUGUGGUUUUUGUAGCUGUAACUAAAGAAAUUCUUUAAAGAUGGAUAAAAAAAAAAAAAAACACACACAUUUUGCUAAGCUCUUGGCCUUGGUUUCUAUUGUUCAGUCAGGCUAAGGUCUUGCAAAGAUGUUUUAGAUUUUGAAGUAGAUUCAUUUUAAAAGUCAACUUCAUUCUCCGCUGUUUUGCCACUUUGGUGUGCAUUCUUCAUGCAAGGUCAGUCAUGUAGCCAAUCAUUUUUAUGUAAGUAUUACUCAAUUAUUAAUCAACAAGUGGAGCACUCAAAUAUAGAGUGACAAUGUUUCAACUGAUACGGUCUGAUACUGAUUGGAGACUGUUGCCUUUAUUGCUGAUUACAGCAAGAUUUUACAGUUCUGAUAUAAAUUAACUUUUUGAGCGCUCUAAGAUCUGAAAAAUAAUAAUAAUAAUAAAAAAAAAAAACGUGAUUUGGCUUUAAUGAAAUAUGGCACAUAAUGGAGUUGUGAGGGAACCCAGACCAUCCUCCUAUGACCUGACUAUACUGGCAACCAGUUUGCCAAAAUUGUACGGAAACCCAGUCGUGCAGUUGUGUGUUUCCGUGUGUAACUUGGUUGUCUUCUGCAGAAAACAAGCAUAGAGCUUAACACAUACAUCUAGUGUGUGUGUGAUAUUUGGAUAGAGCUUUCUCAGGACAAUAUAAGGGACACAUUUAUCAUUAAAUCAAAACUGCCAUUCAAUAUUAACCCUAAAUGAUAAAUGUCAUUUUAACGUGGAGCAAUGCGAUGCUUAAUUGGCUUUUUUUUGUUGUGUUUUUAAUAAAUAUUUAGUGCCAAUUUUGUGACAUUUUUAUAACCAUCUCUACGGUCCACUAGAGCACACUAAGUCGAUAUAUUGCUUCAUGAUAGUGGAAGUUUUUUAACAUUGUGGCGUCGGCGCGGCUUCGCUUCCUCUUUAUGCAACAUGUCCCUCUUUUGUCCUGAAACAAAAUCUGCAGCAGAGACCACUGGUUGAUCUCAUUGGCCGGCGCAGCAGCAGCCAGUCACGCGACAGUUCUGGUGUUACAAAACAACAUGCCACCCAUGCACGAUGAUAUAUACCGGAGGUUCCGUAGUGAGGUGUUCUGUCGGGGCAGAACUGCAUCUAUUUUUGUAACAUACUGCAGAGCUGCAUUGCUUUUUUGGAUCACCAGAACUGUUGCCGUGGUGAUUUGGUGGUGAGACAGGGUCUGGUUUCCCUUUGAUGUCCUACAAAGCUGAUUGUCAUUAAAAAAAAAUUCAGGUGCAUCAAUGUUAAUGUUCAUCUUUCUGGUGUGAGGAAUGCUUAUAUUAUUUAUGUAUUUAUUUCUUCUAUUUUUUUUUCUUAUUGACUAAAAGAAAUAUUACUUUAACCAGAACCAGUUUUCUGCAUUCCAAGAUUUGGUAAACAGUCUCGUAAAAUAUAUCAAAAUUGGAGCACCUGUUUAUUUUUUUCCUAAGAGUCAGGACACUACCUAAUGCCUUAUGACUUGAAUCCAUUCCUGAUCUUCUUCACGUCCUGUCAGUUAAGACAAAGAAAUGCUCAAGAACCAGAAAACAAAUCUGAAAUCUGACCGAGGUCCAUGUUUACAGGCCGAAGCACCAGGUGGAACAUUGUUUUUAUUCUUAAACCACACAAGCAUUUAAUUUAGGCAAAAGGGUAGCAUGACAACAAUCAAGGUGCUGUAAAUGCAAACAGAGGAUAGAGGUUUCGUCCCGAAGAAUCAGAUACAAACUUCACACCUGGCACGAGUGUUCAAUCGCGAGAUUUAACUUGCAAAAAUAUGAGCCCCGAUGGAUGUGCCAACUAGUUUUAGCCCAUCACCGCAUCUCCAUCUGAAAAAAAAACCUCCAAACAAAAAGUGCUGUCAUGAGGAAUGUUCACAGCACUUAACCGAACCCGAUGAUAUCGCAAGCCAUGCAAACAACUCCCGCUGUUCAGAGCGCCAAAAUCAACAUUUUCCUAAUGACAAAGGAGGAUCAAAAGGUUGUCAGUCUGAAUGAUUAUGUCAAAUUUAAACUGUACUCUAUUCUGAAAUAAUAUUCACAAUAUUUUCAAUACACUCGUAAUUCCAUAAA